AUAGAUAAUAAUGCACUUAUUAUUCCGAGUACAUAUGAAUGUGUAUUAUCUAUGUAUCUACUAUCUAGUGGUUCGUCUUAAAUUUUUAAUGUCGUAAUUUCAACCAUUACAAUACAAGGACAUUAGCACCUAAUUACGAGUCGUAACUUAAUUCCUCAAUGUACAGUUAACAUGUCCAAUACGGUGCAGUGAUACAACGAAAUUCGUUUUACCAAUUGAGUCCAAAGUGCAUUGUUGUAAUUGUUUUUACAGUAGAAAUUACUGUGAUCGUUAACUUGUGCUAAUAAAAUGUCUCUCGAAGAAAAAUUUAAUGCUGCGGUGAAUGUUAUUAGGAGUUUACCGAAAAGUGGGUCGUAUCAGCCCAGCAACGAGCUUAUGCUCCGCUUCUACAGCUAUUACAAGCAGGCCACGGAGGGACCCUGCGAUAAACCGAAACCUGGCUUCUGGGACGUGGUAAACAGAGCGAAAUGGGAAUCGUGGAACAAGCUCGGUAACAUGACUGCAAACGAAGCUAUGCAAGCGUACGUCGAGGAAUUACACAAAAUAGUCGAAACGAUGUCGUACAGUUCGGACGUCGCCUCGUUCCUGUCCGUCGACGACGACGACCAGGAGUUUCCCAACAGCGACCUGGAGCUCGUGGCGGGGGACGUGCUCGCGAGGGUCCGCUCGGCGCACAACACGCCAGCCGGUUCGCGGUCGGCGAGUGGCGCGUCCUCACCGGCGGCGCAACGCACGCGACACGACUCCGAAGACGAGUACAUCGACACACUCGAUAGCGAGCCCGAAGCGACGACCCAGCACCGAAGCGUCCGUCUCGGCAAUGGGCACGCGCACCAGAUCACCUCGCAGCUGACCCAUUUGAAGGUCCUAGAGCAGUUGCCCGGGACACUGGCGCGGCUUGAGGCCGACGUGGCCGCGCUCAGGAAGGCCGUCGAGGGGGACCGAAGGAUAUUGGACCAAGUUUCAGGCGGCUGGCGUUGGCCGUGGCAGGAGCUGAGCCCCCCCACAUUGGCAGUGUUAUUGUUAUGGCCGUUGCUUCUGUACCGGCUCGCCAGACGCAACAGAAGCGCCCUGCAAUGAUGUCGAAUGUUUGAGGAACGUUACCCACAGAAACUGGAUAAAAGAUUGAGAAGCAGCGACUCGCACCGCCUUGCACGUGAUAAGCGUUCAUAUAAUCAAUUAAAAAAAAUACCAAAAUAAUUAUAGAAAUUGAAUAUUAAAAAUAAAAAAGGUUAACACGCCGUGAUUACGAUUUACAAUGUCACCUUGCGAAUCGAAGGAAAAUCGAUUUUAAUAUAAACAAUCGACUAAUUAUAGUUUUCGAUUAAUCGAUUUGAAAAUUAAAAAUUAAUCGAAUUGUCUCUGAAUAUAUAUCGACGCUUGAAAGGCAAACGUGACUAAGCGACCAUGCGUGAACUUUACAGUAGACUAAUUUAAAGUUGAAAUACCUGAAGAAAAUUCUAUCUUAACGAAUCUAGCUGUAGGAUUGAAAUGAUUUUAAUGGACCUAGAAAUAUAUUUUUUAUUUGCGCAUCGAAUAUGGUUAUUGCCUAUCAUUUAUGUACAAAGCAGUUAUUGUCGCUUAGUCACGUUUGCCUUUCAAGCGUCGAUAUGUUGUUUUGUAUUAAAUAAUGUACGCCCUGUACUUAGAAGACAUUCCUAUUAGGAUAGUUAAUACUAAUUAAAAUAAAACAUUUUUCAUCUGACACAAAGAUAAGAUUCAAUUGUAUUUAUUUAUUAAAUAUGUUAUUCUUUAAUUUAAUUAAAUCUUUAGAGUGAAAUAAAUUAUGUCACUCCCUAAAAAAUACAAUUCUCCGUUUACCUCAUCAAAAGAAGUUUAACUUAUUGAAAAUUGUAAUCAUAGUGUUGCAAGCCUUGAAAAAAAAAAACAUUGAAACGGUAUAGUACAAAUUGUGGUUGGCAACACGAAGCUUUCAAGACUUCGGUGUUAGAUUAAGCAAACACAAGUCGGCCAUUCGAUUUGAGGUGUUUUUUUGAUACAAAAAACGUCAAUAUAUAUAUAUGUAUUAUAAAACAGGAGUGAAAAGGUGAGGGAUGAAAAGUUGUUUGGUUUAAGCGACAUUUUAGCAACUUUACAAGAGAGCCAUUUAAAAGUUUUUUUUAUUAUGGGAUAUUACGACCUGGUAACUGAGACCUUUAGGUCAAGUCUUAUUUGAAUUUUUAAUCUUAUUUUUAUGAAAAAUGAUAAUAUGGAGUGAAAUGAAAUGAAGAUGAUUAAAUUGAGAUAUUAAUCAACUGGGAUAAAAUUAAAUGAAAUGAUAUGGGAUGAAAUAUAAUUUCAGUAAAAUGGUGUUUAUUUACUGACAUUUUUUUCAGUAGACUUUUUGGGGGAUCUCGAGAACUUACGUCCAGCGACUUUGUUUCAUUUUCCCACAUUUGUGCACUUUCACAGAUAUUAAACAGUUAAUUAACCACCUUUAAUACACAUUUAAACCUGAAGAAACACUAAAUAGACAAAAUAAAACAAAUCACACAACUUCACUCCUCGCGCUCCCGCCAAAAAGUCCAUUCAAAGUUUAAGAUUUGGAAAAAAUAUCCUAACAAAAAAAACUUCUUCAGCUAUGAAUAACUGGGGUAAACUUAAUUGACGUUCAAUUAAAAACCAUCGAACUGUUGAUGCAAAUACCAAAUAAAGCCUUUAAUUACAAAGAUAAAUAUGGCGUAUUAACCGUAAUGUUGCUUAACCCAAAUAUCCUUUUACCCUUUAAUAUAUUGUAUACCUAUUAUAUAAAUCUUUUUAGAUGUAACAAUAAGAUUGAUGAAGACAAUUAUACUUGUAAUUGUUUUUUUUUAUAUCGACGCUUGAAAGGCAAACGUGACUAAGCGACAACGCGUGAACUUUACAGUAGACUAAUUUAAAGUUGAAAUACCUGAAAAAAAUUCUAUUUUAACGAAUCUACCUGUAGGAUCGAAAUGAUUUUAAUAGACCUAGAAAUAUAUUUUUUUUGCGCAUCGAAUAUGGUUAUUGCCUAUCAUUUAUGUACAAAGCAGUUAUUGUCGCUUAGUCACGUUGCCUUUCAAGCGUCGAUAUACAAUAAUAUUACAGUCAAACAGUAUGUGGGUCAAAAAUUUUGUGAUGCUUAACAGAGAUGUGCGUUUUCAAAAUUCAACGCGAAAUCUAAUAUUAUCGUACUCUAUCUCGCUCGCACUCGUAUUAAUAGCGCGAGCCGAGAGCGAGACAGCACGUUUUGAUGAAUUUCGUCGUCUGUCCAACACAUUCGGUUUUGUUUGGUUACGUUUUUAAAAUAAUUUUAAUGUGAUAUUUAGUUUUAAAAUGAUUAGAACGAAAAUAAGUUUAAUACACUUUUUUAAGUGUGUUUACUUUAUUCACAAUCAAAUGAAAUGGAAAUAAUAUAUUUUAAACAAUAUUUUAGCGUAGAUUUCUAUCAAAUGGCGUCAUUGAGACGAUCUUUGGAUCAGCUCGUGCACUUGGUACUAAGUUUAUGUGAAUCCAAUCGUUACCGUAGGCUGUGGUACAGUCAACAAAAAAAGUCGAAACAAAAAUUUAGUUAUUAAUUCUAUUAUCGUUCUCAAUAAUCACAGACGUAUUUUUUUUCGCGUUUGUAGCGUUAGAGGUUGGUAGAGAAAGAAAUUUCAAUUUCGUUUUUGUCGACUGUACCAGUUUUACAUAUUUUUUUCAUUCAAACAAUCAUCAUAAUCGCUAAGUCACGUUUCAAUUCUAUUGUAAAAUGUUUUGAGGCCAAGGGAAAAGUUUAACAAGGAAAAGUUAAGUAGAAAUGAAUUUAAUUAUUUUUUUAAGGGAUUUUAUGACCUGGUAAUUGAGACCUUUAAGUCACGUCUUAUUUUAAUGUAUAUUCAUAUUUUUAUGAAAAAUGAUAUUAUGGAGUGAAAUGAAAUGAAGAUGAUUAAUUUGAGACAUUCAUCAACUGGAAUGAAAUUAAAUGAGAUGAUAUGAGAUGAAAUAUAAUCUCAGUAAAAUGGUGGUCAUUUACUAAGAUUUUUUCGAAGCUACGUCCAGCGGCUUUGUUUAAUUUUCCCACAUUUGUGCACUUUCACAGAUAUUAAACAGUUAAUAAACCACCAUUAUUACACAUUUAAACCCGAAGAAACACUAAAUAGACAAAAUAAAACAAAUCACACAACUUGACGCCUCGCGUUCCCGCCAAAAAGUCCAAAAUGAAUUUAACUCUUUUAUGACAGUAUUUAUCUGUCAAUUUUGAGUUUCGUAUAAAUGACACAGGUUUCUUUCUUUACUCAGUACAAAAUUCUUUUGAAAUAUAUGUAUCGUAAAUCUAGAUUUUAUAAUGCUGAUUUGCGUUUAGGUUGAAAUAUUUCCUAAAAACUAUUUCUGUGUUGCGCCUUGUAUUGUUUUAAUAUGAGAACAUAAAUUGAGUUUACCAAUAAAUUUUAUUUUUUUUGUUAAAAUAAUAGUUAAAAAAACUAAAAAACACGCUUUAUAUAAAAUUCAACUAAAAAAUAGAAAAUAAAAUUUAAUUGAAAAUAGUGUAAAAAAAAAUUUUUUAUUGUAAAAAAAGCGUGGGGUGCAUGGUGUUAUUAGUUAUAAAAUAUUUUUCUGUCAGACAUAUGAGUAGAAAAAAUAUUAUUUCAAUAAUAUCUUAAAAAGCACGGUCAAUUACAAACAUACAAACAUACAUACAAGUGAAGUUAAUAUAAAGCGUGUAAAAAAGUAUAUUACGUAUCAACUCUAAAGUUUUCCUUGUUCAACUUAAUGCAUUUGUAAAUAAAUACCUAAUGGAUAUAGGUGUUAAGUGGACAAUUAUAGAUUUAUUUUUUGUUUGUUUUAAUUAUGUAAUAAAGGGGAUUUUUAUUAAAAUAAUAA